AUUUGACGCAGCGGCGCGGCGGACCAAUGAGCGGCCGCCGUGGGCGUGUCCACCGCCUCUGCUGUCUUUCUCUCUCUGUGGCUGAGCAGCGUGGGGCUGAAGCGGUGUGUUUGGGAGCAGUAAACCGACUCUUUCUGCGAGAAUAGCGACUUCUACAGCUGAUUCAGAAUGGACUCCUCUUUGAGUGCAGCUCAAAUCCGUGAAAAGUUCAUCGACUUCUUCCGUCGCUAUGAGCACCAGUACGUCCACUCGUCGUCCACCGUCCCACUGGACGACCCCACGUUGCUCUUCGCCAAUGCUGGCAUGAACCAGUUCAAGCCCAUCUUCCUCAACACCAUCGAUCCGUCCCACCCUAUGGCCAGGCUGCACCGUGCUGCCAACACCCAAAAGUGUAUCCGUGCAGGAGGCAAACACAACGACCUGGACGAUGUGGGAAAAGAUGUCUACCACCACACCUUCUUCGAGAUGCUGGGGUCCUGGUCUUUUGGGGACUACUUUAAGCAACUGGCCUGUAAGAUGGCCUUGGAGCUGCUGACCCAGGAGUUUGGUAUUCCCAUUGAUCGUCUGUAUGUCACUUACUUUGGGGGUAACGAGGACGCAGGCUUGGAGCCCGACCUGGAGUGCAAACAGAUCUGGAUCGACCUAGGGAUGGAAGAGGCUCGCAUCCUGCCAGGCAGCAUGAAGGAUAACUUCUGGGAGAUGGGAGACACCGGUCCCUGCGGCCCCUGCAGCGAAAUCCACUUCGACCGCAUCGGAGGGAGGGACGCCUCUCACCUGGUGAACAUGGACGAUCCCAACGUCCUGGAGAUCUGGAACCUGGUGUUCAUCCAGUUCAACAGAGAGUCUGAGACGGAGCUGAAGCCGCUGCCUAAGAAGAGCAUCGACACAGGGAUGGGUCUGGAGCGCCUGGUGUCCGUACUGCAGAACAAGAUGUCCAACUAUGACACCGACCUCUUCAUCCCGUACUUUGAAGCCAUUCAGAAGGGUACAGGUGCUCGACCAUACACCGGUAAAGUAGGCGCUGAGGAUGCUGAUGGUAUUGACAUGGCCUACCGUGUGCUGGCUGACCACGCCCGCACCAUCACCAUCGCCCUGUCAGACGGCGGCCGGCCUGACAACACAGGAAGAGGCUACGUGUUGAGGAGGAUCCUGCGUCGUGCAGUCCGUUAUUCCCACGAGAAGCUGGGAGCUCAGAAAGGCUUUUUUGCCUCUCUGGUGGAUGUGGUGGUCGAUUCCCUGGGUGACGCGUUCCCGGAGUUGAGGAAAGACCCAGAAAUGGUGAAGGACAUUAUUAAUGAGGAGGAGGUGCAGUUCCUUAAAACCCUCAGCAGGGGACGCCGUAUCCUCGAUAGAAAGAUCAUGAGUCUGGGAGACUGCAAGACCAUCCCAGGUGACACAGCAUGGCUGCUAUAUGACACAUACGGCUUCCCUCUGGACCUGACCUCCCUCAUCGCGGAGGAGAAAGGCAUGGGCGUGGACAUGGCUGCCUUCGAAGAGGAGAAGAAGGCCGCACAGAGUGACGAAAACAAAAAAUACUCUCCCGCCACAGACCGACUCCCCAAAUACAAACUAUACGUCGACCGAGACCCCGGAAAAUACGAAUUUGAGCAGGCCACAGCCACAGUGCUGGCCCUGCGCCGUGACCGUGACUUCUGCGAUGAGGUGACCACGGGUCAGGAGUGCGGUGUGCUGCUGGACCAGACGACCUUCUACGCCGAGCAGGGUGGACAGACGUUUGACGAGGGCUACAUGCUACGAGAGGAUGAAAGCACAGAGGAUAGGAUGGAGUUCACAGUGAAGAAUACGCAGGUCCGAGGAGGUUAUGUUCUCCACGUGGGGACGGUUUACGGCACGCUGAAGGUUGGAGACCACGUUACCUUACGUGUAGAUGAGGCUCGUCGUAAGCCCAUCAUGAGCAACCACACUGCCACACACAUCUUAAACUUCGCCCUGCGGGGAGUUUUGGGGGAGGCAGACCAGAGGGGCUCCCUGGUCGCCGCCGACCGCCUGCGCUUUGACUUCACUGCCAAAGGUGCCCUGAGCACGAGGGAGGUCCGGCGGACUGAGGAGAUCGCUUGUGCCUUGAUAAGAGACGCUAAGGCGGUGUACGCCAUGGAAGCCCCACUAGCACAAGCCAAGGCCAUUCAGGGUCUGCGUGCCGUGUUCGAUGAGACCUACCCCGACCCUGUCCGAGUUGUGUCUAUUGGUAUCCCCGUUGAGGACCUGCUGAAGGACCCCGACAGUGCUGCUGGUUCCCUCACCUCCAUUGAGUUUUGUGGUGGAACCCAUCUGCAGAACUACGGGUCCGCGCGCCGUAUUGUCAUCGUCUCAGAGGAGCAUCACACUGAUGAAGUCACUGAGCUGCUGAAAGUCCAAUCCCCCAGAGCCGGCGUGGAUGCUCUUCACCGUAGCCGCCGACGCCGGCAAAAUCCUGCCUGCUGUUCAGGGUCCCACAGGAGGUGUGCCCGCUGCUGGAGAGGCAAAGGAGGCGGCAAGGACAUGUCGGCCACGGGCAGGAACACGCAGUGCCUGCAGGAGGCGCUACAGAUGGCCAACGAGUUCGCACGGCUUAAACUGGGAGAGAACUGAGAGGAGGGAGGAGGAGAUGAGGUGGCGAACACGCUGGGGCGAGCAAGGUGGAAAAUGAGGUGAUGAAUGAUGAGUGAGUUAUAAAUCACCAAACUUUCCUGCCUCCAUUUCUUCUCCUCUUUUCUUCUCCUUUUGGGUCAGAAAAUAUUAGAAAACAAACAAAACUCUCGGGUUUCUCGCUCCCGCCAUGUUGACAGACGACCACUGACACUCAGCCAGCUGUAAAUGAACCACUUCUGUAUUUAUUGGGACAGUGAUUGCUGACGUUUCCCAGUAAAAAAAAAAAUCAUGUCUGUGGAAAUUGCUUGAAUAUAAAGGAAAGUCCUCUUACGCAGUUUAGAGAAAGAGGACGGCAGAUGAUUUGAGAAAUUGUCCACUUCAUUAUUGCAUGCUUGUGUGCAGAGGGAAAGAAAAGGGAUUAAUUUAUCCUCCUACAAGUACUGUACAGCUCACACGAAGCAACAAAAACUGUAGUUUGUGUUGUGAGCGUGAAGUUGGGUCCUGAUUGACUUCCAUCCUGCCUGUGUUUGUAUUUCAUCUCACUGCAGCCCUGUUUAUUUAAGUACAACCCUCACAGCACUUUGUCUUUCCCGCUUGUUCAGGGCAGCUUUAAACUGCAACAGUCUCAACUUUUUCUUUCCUCAAAGGAAAGUCAGCUCAGCUCUUAAAUGAUUUGGGUGCACUAUCCACAGCUUUCCAUCUGAUAUCUGAGCAGUGGCUCCGUCCGUCUGUGUGAGCGAGUUCUGUCCUGUGAUCGGUUGGACUCGAGUCGUAGCUGUUUCUUAGUCUUGCUUUUUGAAUAACAAGCCAUUAUUUGACAUGUGUAACAAGUCGACGGGUUUAAUUUAGUAAAUUAAUGAUUCAUUAACUGUAUAAAAUGAUCUUGAACCUAUCCAAUAAUUAAUCUGUGUAACUUCAUUUUGCUGACAUUUAAUAUCGAUUGAAUGCAGAUUGUUGAAAAUGUCUUAUCAUUGUAGCUGUUCCAUGUCAGAGAAAUGUCACGUUAUGGGAAUGGAAUAAAAAGGACCUGUAAAUGCCA